GACCGGGACGCGGCGGCAGCGGCAGCGGUUGGUUGUGACGGCUGCGGACGCGCCCAGUCAGCGGCGCCAUGAGCGCGGAGGCACCGGGAGGCCGGAGGUCCCGCCGCCGCCGGCCCGGCGUCUUCUCCUGGGUGAGCGGCCGCUCGGUAGGCCGCGGCUUCGGGCCGUCGGUGGAGCCGGGCCGCGGCACCUACUGCGUGAUGACCAGUCUGUACGGCUCCAUGCAAUCGGCCGGGCAGCUCACCCUCGGAUCCAGGACCCACGGCGCCGCCUUCAACCUCGAGUACUCGCCCGACGGGUCAGUGUUGACAGUGGCAUGUGAACAGACAGAAGUUCUCUUGUUUGAUCCAGUGUCUUCAAAGCAUAUCAAAACUCUGUCUGAAGCCCAUGAAGAUUGUGUCAAUAACAUCAGGUUUCUUGACAACAGGCUUUUUGCGACCUGUUCUGACGAUACAACGGUGGCACUCUGGGACCUGCGGAACCUCAACACCAAGGUCUGCACCUUGCACGGCCACACCAGCUGGGUCAAGAACAUUGAAUACGAUACCAGCACAAGACUGUUGGUGACGUCAGGAUUCGAUGGAAAUGUAAUCACCUGGGACACAAAUAGAUGCACGGAAGACGGGUGUCCCCAUAAAAAGUUCUUUCACACCCGCUACUUGAUGCGAAUGCGUCUAACACCAGACUGUUCAAAGAUGCUUAUAUCAACAUCAUCUGGUUAUCUUCUAAUUCUUCAUGACCUUGAUCUAACCCAAUCUCUAGAAGUAUCGACUUACCGCAGUUUAAGGGGCAAACGGUCUGCUUCAAGUACAGAUCUGACUUUGUCUUCUUGCAGCCUGCCGGGUUUACAGUCACAAAAUGAUCAGCUAGGUACAUCUCGAAGCUCUGAGAAACAUCCAUCACAAUCUUGUGCCCAUGAUGAUAAAAAAGCUGGAUCUCCAAGCAAUAGCCUUGAAGUUUUAACGCCAGAGAUUCCUGCAGAAAGAGAUCGAGGGAACUGUAUUACAUCAUUACAACUACACCCCAAAGGCUGGGCUGCAUUAAUUCGGUGCACAAGCAACAGUGACGAUCAAGAGUGGACUUGCAUCUAUGAAUUCCAAGAUGGGCCUCCAGUCCGGACAUCCUCCCCUCGUUCAUCGCUUUGCCUCACGCACUAUAUUGAAGAAGCGAACGUAGGCCGUGGUUAUAUUAAGGAACUUUGCUUCAGUCCAGACGGCCGAUUGAUUUGUUCGCCUUUUGGCUAUGGGAUUCGCUUGUUAGGGUUUGACAGCUGUUGCAACGAACUGUGCGAUUGCUUGCCAAAAGAAGCAGUCUCGCUGCAGGAGAUCAGGACUAUUUACUCACACAACGAUGUCGUGCUUACAACCAAAUUCUCACCCACUCACUGCCAGCUUGCCUCUGGGUGCCUUAGCGGGCAGGUAUACUUGUACCAGCCCAAGUUUUGAACAGCCUGGAAGAUGACAUGUGGGUUGUGAACUCAAAACAAAAGUAAAAUCUUUUAAUAAUUACAACUAAUCAAAAAUAAUGAUUCAUGUUCAAGGUAUUUGAUGUCAUCCUGAAAUCCAAUCCCAUUUGGUUCUGUUCACUCCUAUAAACCAGUGUGUGUAUGUUAUGAUAUUCCACAGAUUAAGCUGUUUUCCUGCAGUUAGCUUUGAAGAGUCAUCGUCUAGUUUUGUGUGAUUUAUAGCCCUGCUAAUGUAAAAUUAUAUCAACAAUUUGUGUAAAACUUGUUAGCUUGGAACUGUAUAUAUGCUGCAAAUACUGUUCAGUUGCUGAAAUAUCAUGUGUUGGGUUAAAGCCCUGGGAUAUGGAAUAAUAAAUUUGACCUUGAGUUUUAUUUCCUAUUUAAAUGCAAUAUUACAGAAGUACUGACUAACAUUCCUGUAGAUAUUUAGCGAGACCGUGAAAGUAAAUUAUUUAACUUAAGAUAAAAAUAUACAUUCUGAAAUGUUACAAUUUAUACUCUUUUUAUUAGAUCAGAGUAUAAAUAUAUCCAUAACAUCAAAAAUUCUCAUAGCAGCUGGUAUUAAAUUUUAAUAAAUUAGCAACAUCAAUAUGCUGUUGUUCAAUUUCCUGUAUCUGUUUCAUAUUGGAGUCCUAACACUUGUGAAUGUCAAUAGAUUUGCUGUCGACUGCAUAAAGCGAUUAACAAAAGUAAUUUGCAACUCCA